CCCAUCGCCAGAAGAAAUAUGUAAAAAUGGCCUCGGACGACUCAGAUUUAGAUUCCGCCACGAGCGAGGUAAGGUUUUGAUUCACAUCUCAAUUUGAACAGAGUGGCUUCUUCCCGCGCGUUGUCCGUCGUUCUGGUUGAAUCUUGUUCUUGCAUUGGAUUAUCACUCUUUGGAUUUCGCUGUAUUCUUCCAUCCUCUAUUGUUGAUCGUCUUCUUUUCCUCCAGUCAUUCGUUUAUAUUCAAUCACUCUCAUUCAAUCAGUUGGUGCGAAUUCAAGCUCGUCGCGAUGAGUGUUUGGACAAAACUCAAGUCCACCGUCCUUUCCAAAACCCCCACCAAACCACAGCUCAAAGCUCUCCUCCAACCUAAGCCCAUCACGGGCCACACUCCACUCACCUUCCGCUCGUUCCUCUAUUCACUGAGCCUGCGACAUCUCGUCCUGAUCUCGCUACCAAUCCUCUCUCUGCUCGGACUUUACGGAACUUGGGCUCUGGGCUUCAGCAAUGGCCUCUUUAGUUCCAUCAUCAGUCUACUCGAGGACCCAGAAGCGAGCUUACCCGGCACCGAUGAGCUUCUGCUGAGGAGCUAUACGGGCUUGGGAUGGGUUGAUAACCAAUUGGCAGUCUUGGUGACUUUCUUCGCGCCAGUUCUGGAUGCUGGGACAGGAAGAGAAGCAUUGCUAUUGUUUAGUCUGUACGGAUUGGGGCAAUUUGGCGGGGUCUGGACUUUGAUGGUUAUGGAAAGUCUGAGGGUAGGAAAUCGGGGAUUGGCUGUUAGCUUCAUCGGCACAAUAGGAUUAAUCUUCCAAAACAUAUCCUACACCAUCACAACUCCCCUCUGGCUGAUGCUCCACCUCCUCACCUCCCCUGUCUCCAAGCCUUUCCCCGGAACGCACGCCAACGGCGUCCUCUUAAUCCAGCCCUGGGACCUCCGCAUUCUCCCCUUCUCAAUAACAAUCUCCUACCUGCUCCCCUCCAUCCUGAUGGGCCUCCCGUCCCCAGCUUUCUUCUCCACACAGACACACCAACGCUGGAUCGCGCUCUGGCAAGCUUUCCCACUCUGGACCGUCCUAACACACUACCUCCUCCGCACCACCAUUCAAUGGAUAUCCAACCGCAUCUACAAAGUCGACCCAAAAGCUCGCACCCCCGCACCGCAAGGAGCCUCGUACCUCAAUAACGCGAAAUGGGUAUACCAAUUCGUCAUCGGUCUCUGCAUGGCCACGCACCUCCUGGUCCUCCUCAUCACGACCCUACCUUCUUGGCUCUUCCCUUCAUUCUCGCCCCUACUUACUAGAUUGGGAAAAGAGACUUUGAGCAGUGUUUACGUCCCGUAUUUUCCCUCGCUUUCGCAUGAGCUGUCCAGUUUCGCGGAAGGCGUGCAUACGUUUCUGAUUUGGGAUUUGUAUAUUGGGUCUACGGCUUUUGUUCUUUGGGCUGUGCUGCUGUAUCGGAAUGCUACGACGGAGAAGACGAUUGUGGAUCCGACGAAUAGUUUGCCGGUGUACAGAGAGUUGUUGACGGGCGAGAAGCCUAAGAAGAAUGGUGGGAAUAAGGCGACGAGGAAGUUGGUGUUGAAGAUUGCGGGUUGGUGUCUGGCUAGCGGGCCAAUUGGUGCUUUGGCUGUGUUGUUGUGGGAGAGGGAUGCGAUUGUAAGACAGAAGAUCAAGCAGGGAAUUUGAUGCUUGAUUAUGUAUGGUAUUUGGUAUGCUAUCAGUACAGGGCCUGUUUGUGUUCAAGAAGCUUUCCAAGUCCUGCGAUUGACCUUUCCUCACGUUUCGUUAGCGUACUCG